CCUUAGUAAAAUGUAUUCUCCUUGAUCUGUUCCUCCCCCUGACAGCAGCAGCAGCAUAAAAAUUAUUGACAGAAGGAAAAAUCGAACAACUGCGCUGCAACGAAAACAACAAGCAAAUUUUGCAUCAAAUUUUAUUCGUGAAAAUUUCGACGGCAAAUGCGUCACCCGAAAUGGACAUCCCGCUGAAGGUGGUGGUGAAGCUCUCCGCACCAGACAAAUCGGAGCAGCAGCAGCAGGAAGAGGAACAAGAAGAUGAGGACGACCAGCAGGAGGUGGUGCUGGCCGCUGGGCGAAAGUUCCGCUUCUCGCGGGUGUUUCGCGGCGAUAUGGAUCCACGGGAUAUGUACGCGGAAACGGUGGCUGGCGGUGUGACGGAGUCGGUGCUCGAGGGGUAUGACUUUUCGAUUGUUUCGUUUGGGGAGAGGGACAGUGCCAAGAGUUUCUCGCUGUAUGCGAAUGGGGCCUGCGAGGGGGUGGUGUGGUGCUUCGUGAGGGAUCUGUUUUGUCGGUUGGGUGGGCAUCCGGAGCGGAUGUACUCGGUGGGGGUGGCGUGGACUGAGAUAACGAGCGAGGGGGAUGUGGUGGAUCUGCUGGGAGUGGCGUUGAUGCAGUGCUUUACGAUCGAGGAAAUUUACGGACUGUUGAGUGUGGGGCUGCACAACCGGAAUCCGGGGAACCAUAAUAUCUUGAGUUUGAUUCUGGAACAGCAGUGGACGGCGCUGAACGGGUUGAACCAGCACCGGCAGUCGACGGUAAGCUUUUGCGAUUUGUGCGGAACGGAGAGGGAGAUGGUGGAGGGGAAGAGUGUGCUGAAGGAUUCCGGGCUGCGGAAGUUGGAGGACAUUGUGCUCAAGAGGAGCGAUGAUUACAAUGAGUCGAUUCUGACGGCUUUCCUGAAGGAUUCUUUUGGAGGAAGAGCUCAAACGUUGAUGCUCCUUUGCAUAAGGGAUCCGGAAGGAGAGGAUGGGAUCAGGAAUCUGGAGUUCGGCGACAAAGCGCAAGAGAUAGUGAAUCACGUGGUAAUGAACACUUUCUCGGAUAACAACGUUCCGGCUGUGGCUUUGAAUGAGGAUCUCGCCGCGGGAAUGGCACAGCCUACGUACGACGGCCUGUACUUUGCCUCGCAGCAGUGGGCAAAACUGUUGAAGAAUGCUGAAAGUCUGUUCAACAAGAUAUUCAGCACUUGCGAGCUGACUCAGCAGGAACGAAGCCAGAUCGAGGAAUGGCUCUACCUGAAGGCGGAAUGUGACGACUGCUUCAGUUCGACCGAUAUCAGUAUUACGGCUGGCAAUCCUCCGGCAAGAGUUUGUCUGGGCCCAAUUGAAGAGAUCGACGAAGGGGACGAUACGUUGCAAAGCAGCAGCAAAGUCAAUACCAGCGAGCAGUGCAAUUCGGACAAUGAGAGCGAUUCGGACAUCUGCACCCAUUUAACGGACAUGACCGACCGCAUCCAGGGCUACAUGAAAAACUUCCAGGUCAAAACGAACAACAUAAUCAACGAAAAGUACAAAGAUUUCUUCCAGGCGCAUCCUAAGAUGAUCGACGACAUGAACGAGGAAAUCCGCCAACAGGAGAAAAAGAAGCAACUAGCCCCGGUGCACAAUCCGGCCAGGAGGAAGUCUAUCUACGAUACCGAAUCCAUCAGUAGCAAUGAACUGUCCCUAAUGUCGCAGCUCAGAAGCAAUUCAACAACUUCCUUAGCUCCCACCCCUACGGUAAACAGCAAACGACUGGACACGCUGAACAACAACCUCCGCAUCACGGUGGCAGGAAUCGACUCCCUGCACGCUCAAAUCGAAGAAAUCCGACGCACAAUCUCGCUCAAACAAAAGUACAUCACGGAUCUGAUCGAAAACAGCGAAACGCGAUCCGUCGCCAAAUCGCGCUUCAACAAAAAGAAGCGAAAUCUAGAGGACGAAUACGAGAAAGCCAAGAAGCAACUAACCCGAGCCGUUGUCAACGGCGCCGACAAGAAGGAUAUCAAUCAUCUCAAAGGGAAAACUUCCCAGCUGGAACAGAGACUGAAGGACCUGGACUCGAUCCGAUACAUCGCCGGCGAGUCCGGCCACAAGAAGAAGAAACUACAGCAAUCGAUCAAAGACUCGCACAAGCAGCUGGAGGUGCUACAGAAGGUGCUCAAGAAAGAACUGGACAAGAAGGAAUCGCUCGAGAAGGAAAUCGAGGUGGUGAAGAAGGAGAAAACGGCUAAAGUCAGUGCCAUACAGGAGAUUAGCGAAGGCAAGAGCAAGAUAAGGAACAUGAACGAACGGAUCUCACAUAUCGAACACGUGCUGAAGGAGAAGUCAAGCAAUCUGAAGAAGUACGUUAACAAAAAGUCUGAGAAGGAAUCGCUGCGACAGGAGAUUAUCAAUCUGAGGCGAACAAGGGAUCACCUGCUGGAGCAGCGGUGCAAUUUAGAUAAGAAGAUACGAGAGGACAAGAUGCCAUCGUUCGACGAAGAACGAAAACUGGUGGAAUGCGAUGAAGCAAUCGAAGCUAUUGACGCGGCAAUUGAGAUGAAGAAUGAAUUGAUCUGCGGUAGAAAGAGCAUCGAUACGGAUGAGAGUCUACAGCGCGAGAAAGGCGAGCAGAUGCUGAUGGCCCGACUGAACAAACUCUCAACGGACGAGAUGCGAACUUUGCUCUACAAGUACUUCCAGAAGGUGGUCGAUCUCAAAGAGAACAGCAAGAAGCUAGAAGUACAGUUCAUCAGUCUGGAACGGGAACGAGACACUUGGGAAUGGCAGGAGAAAAUCCUGACUAAUGCGAUUCGUCAAACCCGGCUAGAGAAGGAGCGCUCGAUAAUCGCACUCCAGAAGCAGCACGAGACCAAACUAAAUCUCAUGUUGCGCCAUUUUGCCGCGGAUACGUCCGCCUCCAUCAGCAGUUCCAUCCCGGACAAUGCCCUAAAUCCCUACUCCCCAACCAGCGACCUGGUCCUCAGCCCCGGUACCAGUCGGUACCAUCAUCACCACCUAGCGGCCCUGGACUCCGACUCGGAACCGGCUUCCCACUCCCACAAACACCUGGCCGCUCACUUCAAGGCCAACGUGGCCACGGCGUCCGCAGUCCAGCCCCUAGCAACAACCAGCGCAGCAGCCGCUGCCGCCGCCGUCGUCGAAAAGGACCGCAGCAAGAACAAGCUGUUCUCCAAGCUGCAGGUUCUGACCCGCUACCACAACGACAAGCGCAAAAUCUUCGCCCAGUCCGACAUCCCGCAGCAGAAUCUCAAACAGUUGCAGAUUUCGUCCCGGCCCUCGCUGACCAAAGUGACCCGGGAGAAGAACAAAAUCAUCAUUCAGAGCGAUGGCGGCAAGUAACUGUAGAAUCCUUGAAACCUCAAAUACUCUCAUCUCUCUAUCACUCUACCUAUAUAUCCAAUGACAUUGGGAUGAUCUCGGACAUGUUUUAGCGACGACACUCCUCUUCUGGAACUAAAUUAGAAAUUUGUAACUGUGUGACUGUGUCGUGGCCAACCGAACCGAAGUAAUUUAGGACGAAAAUUGUUAUAUGUAGUCGUUAUUCUCUAACUAAACUCGGCACAAACAUUUCAAAAGGGCGUAACUGCUUUUUGAAAUAGUGCCUUCUCUCAAAGCUGUGGAUCGUAUGUUCAAUCUUUUGGACAAUCUAUAAGCACUAAAAGAAAGCUAAAAUCCCCCUCUUUCUGAUAGUGGGGAUGGAUUUCAUGGGAAAUAUUAAAUACGAUCCACAGCUUCGAAAGAAGGUACUGUUUUGAAAUGCAGUUACGCCCUUUUGAAAUGUAUGUGCCGAACUAAACUAUUGUAACCGUGAUGGCUCUCUGUAUCGCCACCACCACCAAUCGAACCUCUCUCAAUCUACCUUCCUGUGCGCGUGGCUGUGUACUUGUGUACGACCCGUAUAUAUUGCAUUUAAAUAGAUGUUUGCCACCGACUCAUGGAGCAACGGUAGCGAUUUACACCUUUUAGUGUCCCACGA